AUGUGGUUUGUGGCUCUUGCUAUUUGUUUGGGAAAUAUCCUCAUCAGAGGAGAAGCCAGCGAUCAGCAUUCAGAACCACUCCCUGUUACUGAACUCCUUGAAACGGCCUCCCCUGGCUUUUUAAUACUAGAAAAACAGAAAUCCAACAGCUCAAUCCAUCCACCCCAAGUAGCCCCACACCCUCCCAUGUGCUUGGAGUCUGCUGGAAUCAGAGACGCCUUCAAAUACGUCAAUACCAUGGUGUCUCUGCUUGUGUUUGUGGUUGGAAUCGUGGGGAAUUCAGCCCUACUGAAAAUAAUUUAUAUAAACAAAUGCAUGAGAAGCGAACCCAACAUCCUCAUUGCGAGUCUUGCUUUGGGCGAUCUAAUCCACAUUGUGAUAGACAUUCCAAUCAACGCAUACAGGCUCAUGGCAGAAGAUUGGCCAUUCGGUUUAGUACUGUGCAAACUUGUCCCCUUUAUACAGAAGACAUCUGUUGGAAUUACUGUGCUGAGCCUAUGUGCUCUGAGUGUUGACAGAUACCGAGCUGUAGUAUCCUGGAAUCGAAUCAAAGGCAGCGGGGUUUCAGCAUGGACAGCAAUCGAAAUAACUCUGAUAUGGGUUAUUUCUAUCCUGCUGGCUGUGCCUGAAGUUGUCGGCUUUGAUAUGAUAACAAUGAACUAUAAAGACAAGCAUCUGAGAAUAUGUCUGCUUCAUCCCGUGCAAACCACACAGUUCAUGCAGUUUUAUAAAUCAGUGAAGGACUGGUGGCUCUUCGGCUUCUACUUUUGCAUGCCGCUGGCUUGGACCCUCGUCUUCUACACACUCAUGACCAGGAAUAUGCUGAGAAAGACUACAUUAAGUGACCUCACCAAGCAGAGACGAGAAGUCGCAAAAACUGUCUUCUGCUUGGUGAUUGUGUUUGCACUGUGUUGGCUGCCGCUGUACCUCAGCAGAAUCUUGAAAUCAACCAUAUAUGAUGAAAAAGAUCCUAAAAGGUGUCAACUACUGAGUGCCUUUCUUGUCCUGGACUACUUUGGCAUUACAAUGGCAUCACUCAACUCCUGCAUCAACCCUAUUGCAUUGUACAUAGUCAGCAAAAGAUUCAAGAAAUGUUUUAAGGCGUGUCUGGACUGUUGGUGUCUACCUCUUCAAGCUGUUACCCAUGACGAAGUGCAGUCUGUUUCGAAAUCCAGAAUGCAGGAUCAAGCCUCAGAGCAGAGCAGCAACAUCAAAGCUCACAAGGAGACUUCCACACCUCUGCCUGAGCAGGAGAACACUUUACUGUGUUAACAAAACUCAUGUGGAACUGUGAAAAUACUUUGUAAGUUCUUCGGUAUUUCUUUAUUAAAUAUAUAUAGGGCUAUCAAAGAAGCUCCAUCUGUAGCUUGGCAACCUUGAUGUGCCGUCCUAAUAAUAUAAACCUUACCUUAUGAAUAACAUGCAGGCGCUGUCUUUUGUACUGCUGUCGUCAGUUCAACAUCUGCUUUGGCGUGAGCAACCUGGAGUCAGAGUGUUCAGACUAUUUGCCCCCAGGGUUUGACUCACUUCCAACCAUUACAUCAGAUUUUACCUAGUACCUAUCCUGUAUCAUGCAUCACAGUUCUCAAAUCACUGUUUUGGGCACAA